CUCAAAUGGAGUAAUGUUUUCAAGCAGAUGAUUGGCUAUCGUUAAUUUAGUCAUGCCUGUGGGCCGCGCUCGAAUUUCGCUCAAAGGAGAGAACUAUGUAUUUGGAGAUGCAGAGACUUAUUGUAUUACAAUGGAAAAAUUACUUUCUGGCGAAAAAUAUUAGAUAUAUUUACCACACAAAAUCCUGCCAUUUAUAUCCUCACACCGGCAGCGAUGUUAGCCAUUCUCCGAAGCGACAACCUGCCCGUUAAUGAACUGACGGUAUUUCAUGUGGCGGCUCAAUGGGCGGAGUCAUAUUUGAACAAUGAUGGUGCACUCCAAUUUCCCAACUCUAGACCUCGUUACUCACAACAUAUUGUACGCAGUACUCCGUUGAAUUCUCCGUCGAACAAAUCGCAGCUAUUUCAAGGUGCAGGAGGUUGGGGACUUGGUGCUGUUGUUCCAGUUUCAAGAAGUCACAAUAAACGAAAAGCUCGUUCGCAGCGGGUAGUUAUGGUUGUAAUGAGUGCGGUACGGUACUCCUUACUUAAACCAACUGAACUGAGGGAGCUUGAGGCAGAUCCGGAAUUAAGAGACCUUAUUCCAUCUCGAUGUUUGGCAGAUGCGUGGCGUAUCCUUACAUUCAAACAAACCGGUGCUCAUCCAGAUGAAAAGCUGACGCUGGCUACCUCGCAACACAAAAGACGAACGGGAAGCUGA